AUGGAUAGAUGUAUGAAACAUAUUCCGACCAAUCGUCAUACAUCUUUAAACAGUAGUGGAUCGCAAGAGGCACCUGAAAUUGAUACGUCUUACCUAAUAUGGGUAGACCAAGAGCACCAAAACAACAAUAUAGAGGAAAGUAACCCCGAUCCACUAAAUUCACAAACUGAUACUGAAUAUGAUUCAUCAAAGCCAGAUGAUUCACUCUUGUGUAUAAAAAAAGAAAAGGAGCAUUCAUCUCCAAUAUACAAAAAAGUGAAAAAGAAAAAAGUUAAACACAGAUCGAAGAAAUCGAUAGUUGAUGAAUUGGUACAUGAUGAGCAUACGGAUGAAUUACUUAAUCAAUCGUGGAUAACAGAUGAUGUGGAAAAUGUUAACAAUGAAAGGAAUAUGGAAUUGUCUGAAACAGAAAAUAACAAUUAUAGACUUAUUGCAAAAUACAAGUGGAGGGGACUGAAGACUGAGAUCAGGCAGUGCCCAUACAAAGGUCGGCGUGGAGGCUCGGUCGAAUGCUCAGGUCGGUCAAUGCUCAGGGCGGAGGUGAGCGGGUUCGCUCGGCCGCGC